AUGUCAGAUAGGUAUACUCGUUUAGAAAAGUUAGGUGAAGGGACUUAUGCAACAGUUUAUAAAGGAAGGGAUCGCAGCACAAAUGAAAUAGUAGCUUUAAAAGAAAUACAUUUGGACACCGAAGAGGGUGCACCUUCAACUGCCAUUCGUGAAAUUUCUUUAAUGAAGGAGUUAAGACAUCCGAAUAUUGUAAAAUUACUGGAUGUUAUUCACACAGAAAAUAAGUUGAUGCUUGUUUUUGAAUUCAUGCAUCAAGAUCUUAAAAAAUAUAUGGAUACUAAUGGAAUAAAUGGUGCAUUGGAUCCAUUGACGAUUAAACGAUUCAUGUAUCAAAUGUUAUUAGGAAUAGAUUUUUGUCAUGACAAUAGGGUUUUACAUCGUGAUCUAAAACCUCAAAAUCUUUUAAUAAAAGAUAAUGGAAAUCUUUUAAAAUUAGCAGAUUUUGGUUUAGCAAGAGCUUUUGGAAUCCCAGUCACGACUUUUUCAAAUGAAGUUGUAACACUAUGGUAUCGUUCACCAGAUGUACUAUUAGGUUCACGCACCUAUUCUACCUCAAUUGAUAUAUGGUCAGCCGGUUGUAUUAUGGCAGAAAUGUAUACUGGUCGACCUUUAUUUCCAGGCACAACAAAUGAUGAUCAAUUGGUAAAAAUUUUCAAGACAAUGGGCACACCACCGGAAUCUAUUUGGAAAGGUUUGAUAACUUAUCCUGAGCAUUUGAAACGGUAUCCUAAUUAUUCACCACAAGAUUUAAAAAAAAUGAUUCCAAUGAUUGAUAAUGUUGGAUUGGAUUUAUUAAGUAAAAUGUUAGUUUAUGAUCCUGAUCAAAGAAUCACAGCAAAAAAUGCUUUAAAUCAUAUUUAUUUUACAAUUCCUACCACUAAUAAUAUGGGAUUUACCAAUCCAAAUGGUGUUGGCGGUGGUAUACCUUUACAAUUGAAUACAAUGCCGCCACCACACGCACAUGGCGUAAAUGUGAAUAUGCAGUCGAUCAACCUACAAAAUUUGCAACUACUAUCGUCAGCAGCAGGUGUUAACAUGUCAACAGCAAUACCUUUACAACAACAAAAUGUUAUUCGACCAAUCAUGACUGUACCUCCGCCUCAAAUUAUCCCAGCUCCAUCAAUGGUUCCAGUACACCAAUUGUUAAAUCCUCCACCUAAUAGUGCGCCAGUCCCUCCACCUUUAAGGCACCCAACAAGAAGGCAACAAUAUGAUUCAUAUG